GGCUCCUAAGAGCAGGAAGCCAGGCCGCGGGCGGAGGAGCUGCGGGGCCCCUCGCUGCAAAGGCAAACAGGAAGGACUGCCCCCUGAGCUCUAGGCUCCGGCCGGGAAUCGCCGCCGCCGCACAGCUGCGGCGCGGGGCUGAGGGUAAGGCGGCGAUCUGAGAGCGGGCGACCAGAGGAAAGCUCCGCGGGUCCCCACGCUUGGUCCCGGACGUGCCCUGCCUCCAGGGUUCUCGCCGCUGUUCCCGGCUUCUGCAGCUCCCGCCGCCCGCCGUUUCCCCGCGCCGCUGCGGCCGCCGCGAUGAAAGCAGGCUCGGGGGAUCAGGGGAGCCCCCCAUGCUUCCUGCGUUUCCCGCGGCCUGUGCGGGUGGUAAGUGGAGCCGAGGCCGAGCUCAAGUGCGUGGUCCUGGGGGAACCUCCGCCUAUUGUCGUGUGGGAGAAGGGCGGGCAGCAGCUGGCGGCCUCGGAUCGCCUGAGCUUCCCAGAGGAUGGUGCAGAGCACGGCCUGCUGCUGAGCGGCGCGCUGCCCACCGACGCGGGGGUCUACGUGUGCCGCGCCCGCAAUGCGGCCGGCGAGGCCUACGCAGCAGCCGCGGUCACCGUGCUGGAGCCGCCAGCCCUGGAGCCCGAGCCCGAGCCCCAGCCCCCUGAACACCCACUGCCGCCGCCAGGGGCCGGGGAGGGCGCCCCGGUGUUUCUGACCGGGCCGCGGUCCCAGUGGGUGCUGCGGGGGGUGGAGGUGGUGUUGACGUGCCAGGUGGGGGGCCUCCCCGAGCCCACACUAUACUGGGAGAAGGACGGGAUGGCCCUGGACGAAGUGUGGGACAGCAGCCACUUCGUGCUCGAGCCGGGCCGCGCCGAGGGUAGCCCGGGCACGAGCCUGGCGCUGCGCAUCCUGGCGGUGCGGCUGCCGGAUUCGGGCGUCUACGUGUGCCACGCCCGCAACGCGCACGGCCACGCGCAGGCCGGCGCGCUGCUCCAGGUGCACCAGCCACCGGAGAGCCCGCCAGAGGACCCGGACGAGGCUCCCGCGCCCGUGGUGGAGCCGCUCAAGUGCGCGCCCAAGACCUUCUGGGUGAACGAGGGCAAGCACGCCAAGUUCCGCUGCUACGUGAUGGGCAAGCCCGAGCCUGAGAUCGAAUGGCACUGGGAGGGCCGCGCGCUGCUCCCCGACCGCCGCCGCCUUAUGUACCGAGACCGUGACGGUGGCUUCGUGCUCAAGGUGCUCUACUGCCAGGCCAAGGACCGCGGGCUCUAUGUGUGCGCGGCGCGCAACUCGGCGGGACAGACGCUUAGCGCCGUGCAGCUGCAUGUCAAAGAGCCCCGCCUUCGGUUCACGAGGCCCCUGCAGGAUGUGGAGGGCAGGGAGAAUGGGAUUGUUGUGCUGGAGUGUAAAGUACCCAACUCCCGCAUCCCCACGGCCUGGUUCCGCGAGGACCAACGACUGUUGCCCUGUCGCAAGUAUGAGCAGAUCGAAGAGGGCACCGUCCGACGCCUCAUCAUCCAUAGGCUGAAGGCAGAUGAUGAUGGAGUCUACCUGUGUGAGAUGCGGAGCCGAGUGCGCACUGUGGCCAACGUGACAGUCAAAGGGCCCAUCCUAAAGCGGCUUCCCCGGAAGCUCGAUGUCCUGGAGGGAGAGAAUGCAGUGCUGUUGGUGGAGACACAAGAGGCUGGGGUUGAGGGGCGCUGGAGCCGUGAUGGGGAAGAGCUCCCAGCCACCUGCCAGACCAGCUCUGGCCACAUGCAUGCCCUGGUCCUUCCAGGAGUCACCCGAGAGGAUGCUGGAGAAGUCACAUUUAGCCUGGGCAACUCCCGUACCACCACUCUGCUUAGAGUCAAAUGUGUCAAGCACAGUCCCCCAGGACCCCCUGUGUUGGUAGAGAUGUUCAAGGGCCACAAGAACACGGUCCUGUUGACCUGGAAGGCACCUGACCCAGCUCCUGAGACCCCUUUCAUCUACCGACUGGAGCGGCAAGAGGUGGGCUCUGAAGACUGGAUCCAAUGUUUCAGCAUUGAGAAAGCCGGAGCCGUGGAGGUGCCAGGGGACUGUGUACCCUCUGAGGGUGACUACCGCUUCCGUGUCUGCACGGUCAGCGAACAUGGCCGCAGUCCCCACGUUGUGUUCCAUGGUUCUGCUCACCUCGUGCCCACAGCUCGCCUGGUGGCAGGUCUAGAGGAUGUGCAAGUAUACGCUGGGGAAGAUGCUGUCUUCUCCCUUGAUCUCUCCACCAUCAUCCAGGGCACCUGGUUCCUUAAUGGGGAAGAGCUCAAGAGUAAUGAGCCAGAGGGCCAGGUGGACCCUGGGGCCCUGCGCUACCGUGUGGAGCAGAAGGGCCUGCAGCACAGACUGAUCCUGCAAGCAGUCAAGCACGAGGACAGUGGGGCCCUGGUGGGCUUCAGCUGCCCUGGUGUGCAGGACUCAGCUGCCCUCACCAUCCAAGAGAGCCCAGUGCACAUCCUGAGCCCUCAGGAAAAGGUGUCCUUGAACUUCACAACUUCAGAAAGGGUGGUGCUGACCUGUGAGCUCUCACGGGUGGACUUCCCAGCGGCCUGGUACAAGGAUGGGCAGAAGGUGGAGGAAAGCGAGUCACUGGUGGUGAAGAUGGAUGGGCGCAAACACCGCCUGAUCCUGCCUGAGGCUGAAGUGCGGGACAGUGGCGAGUUUGAGUGCAGAACAGAAGGAGUCUCUGCCUUCUUCAGCGUUACCAUCCGAGAUCCCCCAGUGCACAUUGUGGACCCCCAGGAGCAUGUGUUUGUACAUGCCAUCACCUCUGAGUGUGUCAUGCUGACAUGUGAGGUGGACCGAGAGGAUGCCCCUGUGCACUGGUACAAGGACGGGCAGGAGGUGGAGGACAAUGACUUCAUGGUGCUGGAAAGUGAAGGGCCUCAUCACCGCCUGGUGCUACCUGCUGCCCAGCCCCAAGAUGGAGGCGAGUUUCAGUGCGUUGCUGGAGAGGAGCGUGCCUGCUUCACUGUCACCAUCACAGAUGUUUCCUCAUGGAUUGUGUACCCCAGUGGCAAGGUGUACGUGGCAGCUGUGCGCCUGGAGCGUGUGGUGCUGACCUGUGAGCUAUGCCGGCCCUGGGCUGAGGUGCGCUGGACCAAGGAUGGUGAGGAGGUAGUGGAGAGUCCAGCGCUUCUCCUGCAGAAGGAAGACACCGUCCGCCGCCUGGUGCUGCCCGCUGUCCAGAUGGAGGACUCCGGCGAGUACUUGUGUGAAAUCGAUGAUGAGUCGGCCUCUUUCACUGUCACUGUCACAGAGCCUCCAGUGCGGAUCAUAUACCCCCGGGAUGAGGUGACCUUGAUUGCUGUGACCUUGGAGUGUGUGGUGCUGAUGUGUGAGCUGUCCCAGGAGGAUGCUCCUGUGCGCUGGUACAAGGAUGGGCUGGAGGUAGAGGAGAGCGAGGCCCUUGUGCUGGAGAGGGAUGGGCCACGCUGCCGCCUGGUGCUGCCAGCUGCCCUGCCCAAGGAUGGGGGCGAGUUUGUGUGUGAUGCUGGAGAUGACUCAGCUUUCUUCACUGUGACUGUCACAGCCCCACCAGAGAGGAUUGUGCACCCAGCAGCCCGCUCCCUGGAUCUGCAGUUCGGGACACCAGGGCGUGUGGAGCUGCGCUGUGAGGUGGCUCCGGCUGGGUCCCAGGUGCGCUGGUACAAGGAUGGCCUGGAGGUGGAGGCAUCAGACACCCUGCAGCUAGGUGCUGAAGGGCCCGCCCGCACCCUGACCCUGCCCCAUGCCCAGCUGGAGGAUGCCGGGGAGUAUGUCUGUGAGACCCGUGAUGAGGCCGUCACCUUCAACGUCUGCCUGGCUGAGUCACCAGUGCAGUUCCUUGCCCCAGAGGCAGCCCCUGGUCCAGUUUGUGUGGCUCCUGGAGAGCCAGUGGUACUGACCUGUGAACUGUCCCGGGCUGGUGCCCCUGUGUACUGGAGCCAUAAUGAGAGGCCCAUGCAGGAGGGUGAGGGCCUGGAGCUACACACUGAGGGCCCCCGCCGUGUCCUCUGCAUCCGGGCUGCAAGCCCAGCCCACGCAGGCCUCUACACCUGCCAGUCUGGGACAGCCCCAGGAGCCCCAAGUGUCAGCUUCACUGUCCAGGUGGCUGAGCCCCCCGUGCGGGUGGUGGCCCCCGAGGCAGCCCAGACAAGGGUUCGAAGUACCCCAGGUGGGGACCUAGAGCUGGUGGUGCACCUCUCCGGGCCUGGGGACCCUGUGCGCUGGUACAAGGACGGGGAGCGACUGGCAAGCAAGGGGCGAGUGCAGCUGGAGCAGGACGGGGCCAGGCAGGUGCUGCGGGUGCGGGGGGCACGGAGCGGGGAUGCUGGGGAGUACCUGUGCGACACGCCCCAGGACAGCCGCAUCUUUCUCGUCAGUGUUGAAGAGCCACCACCGGUGAAGGUGGUCUCAGAGCUGACACCACUGACUGUCCAUGAGGGCGAUGAUGCCACAUUCCGGUGUGAAGUCUCCCCACCAGAUGCCAGUGUCACUUGGCUGUGCAAUGGGAUCAUUGUCACGCCAGGGCCCCAGCUGGAGAUAGCCCAGAAUGGCUCAAAUCAUACUCUGACCUUGCGAAGCUGCCAGCUUGGGGAUUCAGGGACUGUGACUGCACGGGCAGGGAACACAGCCACAAGUGCCCGGCUCCAUGUUCGAGAGAUGGAGCUGCUGUUCCUGCGGCGGCUGCAGGAUGUGCGGGCAGAGGAAGGCCAGAAUGUGUGCCUUGAAGUGGAGACAGGCCGAGUGGGUACAGCAGGGGCUGUGCGCUGGCUGCGAGGUGGGGAGCCCUUGAGUCAAGACUCACGCCUGUCCAUGGCCCAGGAUGGACACAUCCACCGCCUCUUCAUCCAUGGUGUCAUACUAGCUGACCAGGGUACCUACGGCUGUGAGAGCCACCAUGAUCGCACCCUGGCCAGGCUCAGCGUGAGGCCAAAGCCACUGAGGAUGCUUCGGCCUCUGGAAGAUGUGACUGUCAGUGAGGGGGGCAGUGCCUCCUUCCAACUGGAGCUAUCCCAGGAGGGUGUAACUGGGGAGUGGGCUCGAGGUGGAAUCCGGCUGCAGCCGGGACCCAAGUGCCACAUUCAUGUGGAGGGCCAUACUCACCGUCUGGUACUGAAUGGACUGGGCUUGGCUGACUCUGGCUGUGUCUCCUUCACGGUGGAUUCCCUGCGCUGUGCAGCCAGACUCACUGUGAGAGAGGUCCCAGUGACCAUUGUGCGGGGGCCACAGGACCUAGAAGUGACAGAGGGCGACACAGCUACAUUCGAGUGCGAGCUUUCCCAAACCUUGGCUGAUGUUACCUGGGAGAAGGAUGGGCACGCGCUCACCCCCAGUCCUCAGCUCCGGCUCCAGGCCGUAGGCACGCGGCGCCUUCUCCAGCUGCGGUGCUGCAGCCCCUUGGACGCCGGGACCUACAGCUGCGCAGUGGGGACGACCCGCACCGGGCCUGUCCACCUGACAGUGCGCGAGCGUAAGGUGGCUGUCCUCUCAGAGCUCCGAUCCGUGAGCGCCCUCGAAGGUGAAGGCGCUACAUUCGAAUGCACAGUGUCGGAGGCCGAGACUGCGGGGCGCUGGGAGCUCGGAGGCCGCCCCCUGAGACCCGAAGGCCGAGUCCGCAUCCGACAGGAAGGGAAGAAACACAUCCUGAUGCUGAGCGAGUUGCGCGCUGAGGACGCCGGUGAAGUCCGCUUCUAUGCAGGACCCGCCCAGUCCUUGGCUCUCCUGGAGGUGGAGGCAUUGCCUCUCCAGAUGUGCCGCCGCCCCCCUCGCGAGAAGACAGUUCUGGUGGGCCGCCGGGCAGUGCUGGAAGUAACUGUGUCCCGCUUGGGGGGCCACGUGUGCUGGUUGCGGGAGGGGGUCGAGCUGUGCCCGGGAGACAAAUAUGAGAUGCGCAGCCACGGCCCCACCCACAGCCUGGUCAUCCAUGACGUGCGACCUGAGGACCAGGGCGCUUACUGCUGUCAGGCCGGUCAGGACAGCGCCCACACUCAGCUGCUGGUAGAGGGUAACUAGGAGGAUGGAACCAGGCCAGGCAGGUGUCCUUGGACAGCUUGGAAGGCGUGUUCCCCUACCCUGGGCAGGGAUGGGGAGACAGGGAAACCAGAGGUGUCAGGAAACAAUAAAAGUGCUACAGCUCA